AUGAACAAAUUGACAUUUAGAUACUUCCUGAAUAGUACGGUGUGUCUUGCUAGAAGCAAGCCCUUGGUAUUUUCGGAUUUAAAAGCGAUAAAGUUAAGGGAACCAAUUGUUCCUACUCAUAAAAACUUUGAUUUAUCACCAGAUCAUCCAUUAUGGGCCUUUUUUCCUGAUGGAAAUAAAUCUGAGAGCAGUUUCAGAGAACUCGGCGAAUUAGAUACAGGUUCUAGGGCAUGGACUUUUCCUGAGUUGCGUCGGAAGUCAUUUGAUGACUUACACAAGUUGUGGUACAUCAUAUUGAAGGAGAGAAACAUUUUGGCUAGAGAGGUCCGAUUGGCCGAAUCAAUGAGCUAUGCCUAUACUCAAGCACAUAGUGAAAUAGAUGAUAAAUUGAAAAUGAGCCAAAAGAGAAUCAAACAAGUUCUUCUUGAAAGACAAGUUGCUUACGAAAGAGUACAACUUUUCAACCAGGAACAGAAAGAAUAUCUACGCGAUUUUGAAGCCAGGUAUGUAAAUGCUGAUGCUAGCGAAAUUGAACUGAUGAAUGAAAAGCUUAUAAGAUUGCAGUAUGCUAUGUUCGGAAUUCAACCUCAACUUAUGGAUUAUGAUUUGGAUGAGGACAUUAACGAAAAAUUUGUGGAAGGAAUUUCAUAUAUUGCAAAUACAAAGAUAAAGAGAUAUAUUUCCAAGCAUCCGGAUCUGGAUCUCACAUUGCCGUUAAAUGGAAUUAUGGAGGAACUUCCAUUUUUAGUUCGUGAUGUGGAUGUGGCUAUUGAAGAGGUUAAAUCUUUGAGAGAAACCGGAAACUCUAUCAAACUCGAUAAAAUAGACGUAUUUCCAUUUUUGAAGGAAGCACUUAAGACUGUGAUAGAUGAAUAUCAUCAUUCAGAAGAAGGUCUGUCAUAG